ACUGGGGUCCUUGGCAACGUGGAAGAUGCGAAAAUGUGUUUGUUUUGAACCUGUGUGCGUGGAUAUUCGAGCUCCCAAGACAUGAUCGCCGAUCCGUGUAGAAUAAGCUUUAGUUUGUAGCAUCAUUGUUUGUUUGUUAGUACCAUGAUGCCAGGGGACAACCAGCCCAAAACUGUGCCAAUAGCCUCGGACGCGACGCCUGGGAACUGUCAGAAUUGCUCCGUUUUGCACCAGAGCUUAACGGAAUACGUGUCGUCACUUCUGGCACUGAAACAGAAGAUUGCAGUUUCUGGUGACGCGAUCACUCUGCGACAACAGCACGAAGAGCUUCAGAGCCGAUUGUUUACUUUGGAGAAAAAGACGGAGGAUUACGAGUCUGUGCAAGCGGAGUUGGAAGACAAAAAUCGGAUUCUCCGGGACUACGGUCAGAUCGCUGAAGAGGUUGAAAAGUUGAAGCACGAAAACAGUAUUACACUGGCUGAGAAUAGGAAGCUUGAAAACCAACUAAAGGGCAUCAAAGAACUCUUGGAAACUCAGUCACUUGAGAAUGCACAACUGAAACGGGGAACGGCCAUGUUAGAAAAUGAUUUGCUGAACGUGCAAAUAUCUUUGAAGAAGUCGAAAGAAAAUGCAGAUAAAGUUGAAAAACUGAUGGAGGAUCAAGAAAGGAUAACAAGCAUAAAAGAAAAACUGGCAAGUAAAGUUGCACUGCUUGAAGAAUCGGUUUCCCAAAGGAAUAAUCAAAUAUCACUGCUAAAUAAGGAGAAGAUGCUCCUGGAGAGAAACAUUUUUGACUUCCAGGGAAGACUGAUAAAACUGGAGAGAGAAAGAAACAAAGAAUAUAAGAGUAUAUCGACUCAGGCGAGACCACCUGCAGAACAUAAAGUUGACAAAGAAAAGGUUCGAAUACUUCUAGAGCACUUGUGGGCUUGCGUGGAACCGCAACCCCAGCAGUCAGCCAACUUGUUGCAUUUACAUGAGCCCAACUCUCCGCAAAGGAAAUGCAUUCCACAGGGCGCUCAAUCCCAGACUCCUGUCCAUCAGAUGAGUGAAAUCCAAACAUCCCUCACCCAGACAAGCUCACAGUUGAAAACAUCUCCACGUGCACAGAAAACCAAGAAACAAGCAUCUCAGCUAACAAAGAAAGCGGAAGAACCCUUGCAAACAAACAACAAUCACUUGUACAAAGAAGUCAAACGAAAGGAGCUUUCUGACACUCCCAACAUAGAUGAGAUAUUGAAACGGUUCAAGCCUCUGCCUCCCUGUCUAUCACCACUAUUGGAAUCUGAGAACAAAACAGAGUCCAUGGAGACUGGGGAAAGAGAAACUGUCGCACCUGGUAAUCACUGUCAUGAUGAAAAGCAGUUUCAGCACACGACAGAAAAGUCACCCCUUUCUCCAAAACCUCGGUCGACAACAUCUGCGGACAGUAUAGGAUUGCAUAAUGUCAAAACACAUGAAAUGGAACGCACCGCUAAUAUACAUGAAUCAAGUGUCACCACAGAGCUAAAGGAUGAAAGACCCAGCACGAAUGGUGACGAAAUGCAGAUUGAGGAGAAAACUAUGGAGCAGUUAGUAUCAUUUUCUACAUCAGAUACAUCUGUUUCAGCUGAGGAAGCUCCGGCAACUACUGUUGAAACGGAGCUGUGCUGUACACAACCUCGCUCCAGUUGUGCUGCCAGUAGCAUCCAAGAAACGGACCGCUGUAACCUUCCAGAGUCACAGGAACAAGCUCAAGAAGAGCCAAUGAAAGAUGAGUCUGCUAUUACAGAAAAUGAUGUAAACAAAGUCUCUUCGGGCAAAAUUCAGGCCACUCUUUGUGGGAAAUCUCCCAAAGCUACGGUCGGUGAGGAAGUAUUGGAUGUGCAGUCAAUUACUUUCUCAACUUGCAUCAACUCUGUACAGGGCAAAGACGACUUAAAUAAGGAACAUGUGUCCGAAAAGAAAAACAACAAUCUAGACUCAACUUGUUCGGUGCAGGAAAGUCAAGAUUUUGUAGCCCUAAAUCCCCCAAAUAAUGCAGAGGACUUAGAAAUGCGAGAUGAUCACAUGUAUAUAUCAAGCUGUGACGUUCAUUGUAGCACCACCAUUACAGAAAGUGAAGAAAAUAAGGGAUUCUGUCUUCCAGAAAAACUAGAGCAAGAAGCCAAGGAAACUGCUGAAAGAACACCUCCUCCAUCAGACCCGAGUAGCGUUCUACCUCCUGUGUCAACGAUUAAUAUUGCUGAUGAAACCGUUGCCGACCAGAUUCGUGUUACGACAGCUCCACUGAGCGAUCUUCCCAAUGACAAGUUGAAGGAAGAAGAAAAUGUGCAUGUGCUAUGCAGUCAUUUGAGUCGUUCUUGCUCAUUACCCAAUGCGAACACAAAUGUAUCGGAAAACCACAUAAAAGCAGGGGAAAAGUAUCUCGCAGGGAACAACAAACACCUUUUGACGAACAAAACGCAGAAGAUUCUUCAGAACAAAGGGGUUGUUGUCGAAGACUUGCCUCAUGACAAGCCUUGUGAUGAACCAACAGUCACCACUGUCGAACAUACCGUUCUACACGGGAAUGGGCAAGGUCAAUCAGAGACCUCUGCUGAAGUACCUGACGACCAAAACCCCGAUAUGAUCGAAAGCGGGGCAUCCACGGCUGUCCCAGCGACAAGCGAAACUGCAGGAUCACGUCGACCGUUGGAGUCCAUAAGCGAAGUUCGCACUGAAAUGGGUUCGCCGCUGCCGCCGCUCAUCACUCCUCUGAAGACGCCUCCAAAAGCUGGCAAAGCGAUCAAUCCAAGGCACGCCAUUGGAAAGCUCUCCUUUCCCUCCCCAAUGGAUAGACUGGCCUCUCCUUGCACUCAGGUCCAGACCCCUGUGACUCCCAACAGUCAGACAGUGUGUUCGUCUUCAACUCUCAGCAGUCCCCUUCCUCCAAACGGAGUCCCCUCGUCACCUCUUCAGUUUGGCUCUGCGACCCCGAAACAUGCAGUGCCUGUCCCAGGUCGCCUGCCCGCUGCAGUGAACUCGUCGCCGGCCGCAUCCUCUUGUCCAUCUCAGGAAAACUCAAUGAGGAUUCUGGACCACAUGUACCCAGAACUGUCUGCACGUGCCCGCACUUUGAGCAUUCUUAGAGGGAACCUUAGCAUCAGUUCUUCAGAAAGCGGAGCCUCACCCCCCACAACUGACAGUCAGGUUUCCAGUUUUACGACAGUCACUUCCACCGGAACCGCCUUCACCAAGACCGAGAUGAGAGGAGAAAAACGACUCGCCACAGAGUUGCCUCAGCCUGCAAACAACAAAUGUCUCAGAUUAGAUGGCUGCUCUGCAGUGGUCAGCCAAAUAGUGCCUGCGUCCUUGACAAAAAGUGACAAUGAUUCAGCAUUGCUUCAGACACCAGAGGUCAAACCGAUGGAAAGUAAGGACACGGUUGUCUCAAUGGAGAUUGAAGAACCUGUUGAGAAAAAUGUUCUAGGCCGCCUUUUGAGGAGGAUUGAGCACCAGGCCUUUGAUGUGUUGCCUGUGAUCCAGAGCCACAUACAUGUUGGUAACCUGCCCACAAAGCCCGUGUUGAGAGAUGAGGAGAAAGAAGUCAUUUCGGAGAUUUUUCAAAGCAGCUUGGCAGAUGAAAUGAAGUUGGCCAUCUUGAACAAACUCAAAAGCGAAACGAGGGACAUGUGUGGAAAAUAUGCGCAGGCCCUCUGCAGAGUUUACACAGCCAUUUGUCGACAGAAAAGAGACUUUGAAAAGGCUCACAUCCUGGCUUACAGCUUGCUCGUUGAAGAUUUUCCCAAUGCUGCCAAGCUGAUUUUGUUUAUGGUGACAACAUGGCCGAGUGUUUUGUCUCACAGCAGCCCUCUGUGCCAGGCCAUACACACAGUCACUAAACUUAAAGCAUCACAGGAUCUCUCAAAGUGCCUCUCAGCAUUCCUUGGAUGGGAGAAGGGCCCGCCCUGUGAUAUUGACCUUCUGCGCUCAAGGACACUGUCAGCGAUACGCUCAGGUUCAAGGCUUUCUUUCUUGAAACACAGUCGCUAUGGUGACGACCUGGGAACGACGGCCUGGGAACAUGUCUUCACGCUGCAUCUCCUCUGUGCACAAAAGUCAUGGAAGUGGAGCUAUGACCAUAUCUUGAGUAAAGAGUUGUGGCCACUGAUGAACACCUGGGUUUCUCAGCCCCGAGACCAGCAAGUUCCCAUCUCUGAUGUGACAGUGGCAGCCGUCCUCCGGCUAAUUGGGCUUUUAGGUCAGAUGGGAAUCAAAGAGAAGAACAUUUCUUCAGUGUUAACUGUGGCCAAAGUCAUCAAUGCCUUUGGUAGGCAGAGCCAGAGUGAAGGUGUACCGUGGGGAGUGCAGUUAGCAGCCGUGUACUGCAUAUUUGACCUGUCACCAUGCAACCCCAAAGAAGCCCUAGAGGCACUUGCAGGAUGGCGAGGAGAAGCGUCACAAAGUGUUCCCUCUGCAGUCACGAGCUACAUUUUCCAGCUGGCCUCUAUCUGCAGACAGGUCAAGAAAUGACUUCUGGUUAUUUACAACACACGAUGGGCUUAUUUCAAGAUCUCCAGAAUUUAUUUCAAAUUAUUAAGGGAGCGGCACUUCUCCAAUAUACACUUUAUAAUGAGCCUCAUUAUAUUCAUUGACUCAUAUUAAAGGAGGCGGCCAUUUAAGGUACCAACAGACUCUUUAAUGCUCUUACUGGAGGAGCUUGAAAAGAGCACUAACUUCAGAUAAUGUUAUGACUAGAGCCUGCUAUGCAGGUUUACUAACUUAAAACCUGUAAGAGCUGUUUCAAGACGUUUUACUUCCAUCUCCAUCCUCCGCAUGUUGUAUUGAUUUACGGUUUGCUAUGUGCAUUUCUACUCAGACAGGAACAAAGUGAGUGAAAUGAAAGAAAUAUUUUUUAUUGUUUUUGAUUCAAUAAUCUUAAUUGUUAACACCCUGUGUAACAGACACACAGCCAUUAAGUUGUGCUGAGGGAAUAUUUUAGAUGUUAAUAAUGUGUGUUUGUCUGACUGGCGCUCGGAAAUGUAUCAUGUACAUGUAAAUUGUGUGUGUAUGAAAAAGCCUACCACAGUAAAGUCUGUACAGUUUCAGAGAUUAUUUAUUUUUACUAUUAAAGUUCUAUACAAUCUGUG